AUCGCGACUAUUCGAGCAUUUGCCCCAGGACCAUUUAAUGUAUUAAAGUCGUGCACUUCUGAUUGUUCGAGUAGGAGAUUUUCUGCUGCUAUUCAGAAAUGUUUUUCUAGUUGAAUUUUAGAAGCUCUAUCUGUCGGAAUGGUUAUGGUGUUCUGAUAUCUGUGCUAUUGAACGACCUGUGUUCAGUGGAAUGUGACUACCCCAAGUUUUUAGGUAAGGUUUUGAAACCAAUUGCGAAAGUGACCGGUGUUCAAAAUGGCAGAUCCUUUGAGUCUCCUGCGUCAGUAUUUUAUCCAAAACCGAGAUAUCGUUCAGGAGAAUGAUCGCAUUAUUUUCGGGGAGCUUUCUUGGCCGAAAGCGACUCGAACGAACUACGUGGUUUACGGUUCCGGAAAGGAUGGCAGUCCAAAGGAAUACUAUACCUUGGAAUGCCUUCUCUAUUUUCUUCAAAACAAGCAUUUGUCGCAUUCAGUUUACGUUCGAACUGCCAGUGGACACAAUCUUCCCGUGGUCCAUCGUCCCGAUAGAAGAGAUUUACUGACCUACUUAGGAUCAGAAACUGCAACUUCCGCGAGCAUUGAUAAAAGCUUGCCUUUGGAACGGCCGACUCAGCUGAAGCGUGUGGCGGAGCACGAAAAUGAAAUCCAUCCGAUGAAGAAACCCCGUUUGGAAGACGGGGAUAUGGAAAGGAUGCGACAAAAAAUGGCUGCUCGUUUGGAUGGACCAAAGGAGCAGUCUGUAACGUUGGAUAACAUAACGUCAAUUCUUGCCCUCUUGCACGGAAUCAAACUCAAAGAGGAAGGAAAAGUACAUCCAGUCGAACAUGUUGCGCCGACUCCGCGACCAGCAUAUCGGCCAGCUCCAACUCCUGCAAAUACUGCCUAUGAUCAGUCAUACGAUCGUUAUGCCCAGGAGAAGUUCAACAAGAAAGAAGCUGAGCCGAGAUCUCCUGGACAGCCGACGAAGAGAGUUUCAAGAACUCCGAUCAUCGUUAUCCCUGCGGCAGACAACAAGUCUCUCAUCACCAUGUUCAACGCCCGAGAAAUUCUUCAAGAUUUGAAAUUCGUUACCACGGAAGAAAAGCGUGCUUCGAUGAUGAGAAGAGAGAAUGACUGUUUGAUUCAGCGGUCGAAAGACGGUGGUCUGACUGUGCCGUACCGAGUGAUUGACAACACAAAUCGUUUGACGAACGCAGACUGGGACAGGGUUGUUGCAGUUUUCGUCAUGGGUCCCGCGUGGCAGUUCAAAGGCUGGCCAUGGGAUGGCAAUCCUGUUGAAAUUUUCUCCAGGAUAAAAGCAUUUCACCUGAAGUACGAAGAAAUGAAGCUUGAUAAUAACGUGGCGAAGUGGGCAGUGCACGUGAUCGACAUCUCCAGGAACCGGAGGCAUUUAGACCGUGCUCAAUUGAUGACUUUUUGGGACAUGCUUGAUCAGCACAUGUUGAAAUGCAAGCCGCAUUUGCGGUUUUAAUGGUUGCUCUACCGUCUUGAAAGGAUCCGUUCUUUUUUUUGUUGAUGAUUCAAUUGAAUUUUUUCAUCAUGAAGACUUCUUGUUUUAUUCGUUAUGUGCGAUUGUGUGGUUGACGUGAUGGAAACCCUGGAGCUUUUCCAGUUGAAGGAAUUUUUUUAUUUCAAUGGAAGAGAUGAAGUAUUCAGGGCGUGUUUGCUGACCACCGUGGAUGAUCGUGCAUUUUUUAGGCUUAAAGGAGCUGCACUAAGGUGGAAAUUCCCUAUCCUUGAAUUUUUUUCACGCGGUUCGACUAAGACGAUUGUCUCUCAUGCUGACAUAUUUACUCGUGUCUGUGUUUGGUAAUUUCCUUUGUCCAAGAGUGAUUGAAGAAAAGAUUAAUUUCUUGGAA